UUAACGGACGUGCUUCUUACCAUAAAUUUUCCAGGUAUUCUACAAUGAAUAUUUCAGAUAUCCAAGGUAACCUCUCCCAUAAGUUUUCCAGUCGCCAGAACGAAUUAUUCGCUUUGCUAUCCGUGUUUACGGUAGCCUCCAUCAUCGGUGUCAUGUUAUCGGCGACGCUGUUUUUCACCAUUAUUCUGCGUUCACAGUUGCGCACCGGUUCGGGCAUACUCAUCGCCCAUCACCAGCUAUUACACGUCCUGCAAACCGGCAUCAGCAAUCCGUUUUACAUUGUCACCGGUUGGGCAGUGUGGAUGGGGGUCUCCAUUGCCGGUAUCGACUGCACCGUCAUGUAUUUUGUCUGCCAGGUGAUUAUCUGCACCGAAACAUGGAGCUCCUUGUUCUUAGCGGUCAACCGUUUUAUCGCCCUAAUUUAUCCACACCAAUACAGCCAUAUCGCCUCGAAUAAAGCUGUUGGUUACUUCAUUAUUUCAGCGUGGUGUAUCAGCGCAGCCAUUAAUCUGCCGGGGUUGCUAGGAAUCGGCAGCUUGUUUGGAUUUCGGGAGGUCGACUGCGGAUUCGUCCGGGUGACCAAUCUCCAUCUUCUGAAUGCCGUCGCCACACUGGGUGUGUAUCUUCCACUGGCGCUGCAAGGCGUCGCUUACGGAAUUAUCUUAGCCAAUCAUUGCCGGAAAGAUGAAGAAACGCGGGCAGCUGUUUCGCAUAAAAAGCGCUUCAUAUUGUUUCGUCUGCUCUUGGGUUCAUAUUUGUGGUAU